AUGGCUUUGAUGAUGUAUUCUGGCCCUGAACUCAGCCGCGAAGCCCAGGCUGCAGUGACCCUGCAGUGCGGCUUCCGCCGGAUCCUGGCCCGCCGGGAGAGAAAGAAGCGGUUGCAGGCGCGGGAGGAGUACAGCCAGCAGAUGGAGCGCCUGCAGAGAGAGGCCUUUGUGGCCCUAGUGAAGCGGGAGCAGGCGGAGGCGGAGCGGGAGCGGAAGAAGGAGGAGGAGGAGAAGCGGCGGCGGCAGGAGGCCCAGUGCCGGAGGAAGAGGAUGCUGGAGGCCGCCUUCGAGGGCGACGUGGAGGAGAUGAAGGCCGUCCUCAAGGAGGUGGCCCAGCUGGACACCCAGAGCGGUGUAGGUUCGGACGAGGCCGGGCGGGCUCUGCGCCUCCGGCACCACCUGGAGAUGGUGGACUGCACAGACGCCAACGGCAACACCCCGCUCUCUGAGGCUGCGGGCGGGGGGCACCCCGAAGCCAUCCGGAUGCUAAUCGAGAACGGGGCUGACCCCAACAGCAGGGGCGCCUUCAACCGGACCCCUCUCUACCGGGCAGCGUUUGGGGGGCACCUGGCGGCUGUGGAGCUGCUCCUGCAGAACGGGGCAGACCCUCGGCUCUAUGCCGACGACGGCAACACCCCCGAACAGGUGGCCUCUCUGGAGGGCUUAGUGGCCAUCUUGACCUCCUGGGACUACAGCCUGACGGACUCCAUGCUCCAGAAGAUGGAGGCGGAGCGGCAGCGCAGGGCCCAGCAGGACCAGCGGCAGAAAGAAGCGGAGACGCGCCGGAUGACGGAGGAAGUGGAGGCCCUGGCCAAAGAGUACGAGCGAAGCAACAAAGAGCUGCAGCAGGCCUACUGUGAGAUGAACCGGCGCAUCACGGAGCACGACAAGUGCCAGCGGAAGCAGAUGGGCAACGCAGAGAUCACCCUACAAGCGAUUGCUGACGCAGAGGCGGUGGUGGAGCGUCUCCGAGGGACGGUGGAGGAAGCGGAGGAGCGCCUCUCUCUGGCCCGGCUCAAGCUGCGAGAACAGAUGCAGGAUGGCUCAGCGUUCGAACUGCCCGGCCUGAAGUGUUCAGUGCAAGAGCUGGACGACGUCCUUCUGAAAGACGUGGGAGGAAAAAUAGAGGCAGACGGGCGGUGGCCGCUGGUCAUAGACCCUUCGGGACAGGCAGCCAUUUUCUUGCGGUACCGGGACACCAAUUACCUGAACACCGUGAACCCCAGUGACGUGGCUUUGGAGACCCUCCGCCUGGCCCUGCUGGGCUCAAUUCGCUAUGGGAAGCCUAUAGUGCUGGACAUGAUGGAGGUGAACAUGUUCGACACGGUGACGAAGCAGCUGGAGCGGCUGGAGAGCGGCUUGACCGACGUGGUGUUCAGCCGGAAGAUCCUGGAGAACGAGAGGUACCUCUCCCUCCGGAGGCCGACCGACGGGCCCGAGUACGACGAGACCGAGUUCCAGGCGGGCCGGACGAGGCGCUUCAAGCUCUUCCUGGUCACGAAGCAGCGCCACCCGGCUCRGGAGCUGCUCCAGCGCUUCCUCCCCAUCGAGGUGCUCCUCUCCCGGAGCCGCCGGAGAAGUCUCCACAGAAGAGCUUCUUUUGCCCCAUGGUCUCCUCUCUCCCACUGAAAGCCCCAUACGCCCCCCCCCCCACCUAGGAGGCCCUUUCCUUUGAUUUGGCCCACUCUCACCCACUCCCCUAAUGUGCCUUUCCCUUUCAAGGAGGGAAAGAAGGUGUCAAUAAAGGUGUCCUGGACCAGG